AUGGGUACCAUCCAGCAAGCGAGCAAUGGUCAACCUGGAAAUCCUUUUGAAGGGCAGUUUGACUCUUUCAACAUGACUACUCCAUUUGGCGCUCUCGCUGAUAGCUUCCAGGGUAAUGUUCAAGGAAACGGCUCAUUUGGUCAAUUGAAAGUCACUUGCGAGAUUCACGCUGCAACGUUGACUCAAUGUCUGCAAUCACCUUACCAACACGCACGAGAAAUUGGAGCGGUGGAUCAGACGGCUCAGAGUGACAACACAGGAAUGCAGUAA